AUGAAAAGAGAAUACGCAGCGACAGCCGACCGCCACCUUCCAUCCUCCUCCGCCGCCAACAUCCUCCCGCACCACCACAAGUUCCACCUCCAACCGCCGCCGCACCUCCGCUGCCCCCCGACGUCUGAGGAAGCCGACAGCCACAGUCACAGCCUCACCCCCGAGAGAUCCGGCCGCGCCGUUGACGAUCCCCGGGGGCCCCCACUCCCCCCGCCUUCCUCCGGCGACGACUCAACCAUCGAGGUCGUCCGGCGUCCCCGGGGGCGUCCCCCGGGUUCCAAGAACAAGCCCAAGGCGCCGGCCGCCCCCACGCGGGAGUCGCCCCCGGGCCCAUCUAUGAGCCCCUACGUCCUCGAGCUGCCGCCCGGCGUCGACGUCGUCGACGCAACAGAGAGGUUCUGCCAGCGGAGGGGCGUUGACCUCUGCGUGCUUAGCGGGCACGGCCUCGUCGCCAACGUCGCCCUCCGGCAGCCAUCCGCCACCACCGGCGCCACCGUCACCUUCCACGGCCACUUCGACGUCCUCUCGAUCUCCGCAACCGUCCUCCUGCCCGGCGGAGGUGGCGGCGCCUCCCUUCCCCCGGCGGCUUCGAACGCGCCGUUCGCGAUAACCCUAGCGGGCCCGCAGGGGCAGGUGGUGGGGGGCCUGGUGGCGGGGCCGCUGGUGUCAGCGGGGACGGUGUACCUCAUUGCCGCCACUUUCAGCAGCCCCUCGUUUGAGCGGCUUGGGGCGGCGGAUCACGACGAUGGCGCGGAUGGGAACGGCGGGCUUGAAUCCUCGCAGGCGGUUACAGGCGGUGAGACCGGCGGCGCUCCCGUGUACAGCUACCAGCCGGCGGAUGUCAUCUGGGCACCCACAGCGAGACAGCCGUCGGCGCCGCCUUACUGA